UAGCAUCUAGGGUUAUUUCUUCAAUUUUUCGUCAGAACAUCCAUCUCCAACGUCCACAGUUGGACACCUCAAAACAAUAUUUCUGAAGAAUUUUGGUUGAAAGUGGAAAGCUUGAAGGGGAUAGGAUUAUGCGUGCCACAUUCAUCCGUGGACUUCAAUGGCCAGCAGAAAAUUAGUUCGAGAUUUUUUGCUUUCCAAAAGACAACCCGUUUUCCAUCAGCUAUUAGUACCUCAGCAGGUGGCUUCAAGCAGAGGUGCAACAAGUUUGAGAUUGGGUCAGGCAUAUGGCUAUGUUUGUAAUCGUCAAUUCAGUGUAUUCAAUGAAUUCUCUCAGAAACUUAAAGGUGAAGUUAACAGAAACAAGGAAUUUCAGCAGUCAGUCAAAGAACUGAAAGAUAAAGCAGAAGAGCUUCAAGGAGUCAAAGAAGAUCUAAAAGCAAGAACAAAGCAGACUACUGAGCAGCUUUACAAGCAUGUGGAUGGUGUCUGGACAGAGGCUGAAUCUACAGCAAAGAAGGUUUAUGCUAAUGUCGGGGAAAAGGUUUCUGCUGCUAAGGAAGAGGUCAAAGAAACUUUUGGAUAUGGGAAGCAAGACUCUGAAGGAUCAAAUGUAAACUCCGACAGUUGCAGCUCAAAUACCAAAGAUACAAACCAUUCUACAAGUGGAGAAAAGCAGCAACAGCAUCAGAAACCUGAUUUCCAUGGUACUGCAGAAACAGUUUUUGGCAAGGUUAAGUGUGCUGCUUCCUCCAUUUCUUCAAAAGUCUUGCCAUCCAUCCAGAAACUCAAGGAAGCAAAGCCAAUUGACUUAGCAAAAAAGGGGUACACUAUUGUAGUGGAUGAGUUAAAAGGUACUGCAAGUAAGAGGAAGCACCUUGAAGCUCCCUUAGAAUCCCCAAAGGCAAACAUUGAGCGGAGCACAAGGACUGAUAUUGUUGUUUUACCCUCAAAAGAAUCCAGAUGGAGUAAGAAGUGGGAGGCUUUCAAGGAAAAAAUGCAAGGCAACCCCCUUUUUAAGCGUGUCAGGGGAGCAAGUGAACCUGUGGUCACAAAGAGUCAAGAGAUUGCAGAAGAUAUUCGGGAAAGAUGGGAGACUAGUGAUCAUCCUGUGGUUCACAAAAUCCAAGAUAUAAAUGAAACUGUGUUUGGGGAAUCAAGUGCUGCAUUGUCAUUUAAGGAAAUACGUCGCAGAGACCCGACAUUCUCUUUACCAGAUUUUGUUUCUGAGGUUCAAGAAGUAAUCAGACCUGUCCUUGAGGCUUUCUAUAAAGGAGAUAUUGAAGUACUUAAAAAGUAUUGUGCCUCCACGAUGGUUGAGCGGUGUAAAGCAGAGCAUGCGGCUUUCAACAGUCAGGGUUAUGUUUUUGAUAAUAAAGUUCUUCAUAUUUCUGAAGUCGAAGUUCGAGAGACAAAAUUGAUGGGAGAAACUCCCAUAAUCAUUUUAGCAUUCCAAACGCAGCAGGUAUAUUGUCUACGUGAUAAAUUGGGCUCCAUAACAGAAGGGGGAAAGGACUCAAUUCACACGGUAUAUUAUGCUUGGGCGAUGGAACUAGUGGAUGCAGAUGAAGCUGGAGAGGGCGCAGUUUGUCCCCUAUGGCGGCUUAGGGAGAUGCAACAAUUUGGCGUCGCGGCCCUUAUAUAACAACAUUUUUUGCCCAAUUAUGAGUGGAGUUAGCUGUUGUAUCAGUUCUUUCUUGCCUGGAGUUAAGAAAAUUUUUAUUAUUACAAAUCUGAACUCCAUACUACAGAGAGAAUUCAUGUUCUAGACUAGUGGACAAUAAUAUUUUUUCUGGGAUUCAAUGAUUUUCUCAGCUGCAAAAUGUAUGAUUUUGCAUGGAAACAAAUGAGUAUUGUGCACCCAACAUACAUAAAGUUCACAUUUAGCAAA